ACAGUUGGUGGGACGUUGGACAGUUUAAUUUUGAAUUUGUUGAUUUUUACUUUUUAUGUAUGGUGCCAUGUAUAAAAACUUAUUACUUGAAAGAAUAAAUAUUUGGAAUUUCUGGCCAUCGAUACACGUUUGUGACGCUUGCUGUAUAAGUUAUAGUAGUUAAUAAAUUUCAAUGUAGAAUCUAUACAAACUUCAAUAGGAAACAAGAUACACUUUGAGUUUCGAACAUGGACAAAUCAGGUGAUUAUUCUGGCACCCAAAGCCCCUCUAAAAACCCUUUUAAUUUCCCUGAAUCUUGUGAAGGAGAUAGCAGCUUUAGAAUAUCAUCUUGUAAAGAUGCAGGCAGGCCAUCUUUAGCUGCUCAGGAAGAUUUUUUUCCAAGGGAAUCCUUAGGUUUGCUCCCAGAAACAACACUUCUUCGCGAUUCUCUAACGCGACAAUCUUUAAUUUUUAAUAUCAAUUCAAACAGUGAAAGUGGGAUUUUAAAAGGGUUACCCGGCCACACUUUUACGCGAGAAUCUUUAGGAAUAUUAAACUUAAGUGGUCUGGACUUGGAAAGGGAAUCAUUGGGGAUUUUUAACUUUGAUUUAAAUGCAAUUAAGGGGCAAAAUGAUGCAAUUUUUAAAGAUCCAAAUGCAUAUUUACCUGCUGCAAUAAAGCCAGAAAAUAAAGUUCCAAAUAUUGUUCUAUCAACAGUGAAUAAUAACUCAGAUUCCAGCAAUUUUUCUAGCAUAAAUAAAGCAUUUUUAUUUUCAACUUCAAGGAAUUUUCCAAGCACUUCAUCAUACUCCCCCGCUUUUUCAGAGAAUAUUUCUUUCAAUACAAAGAGCUUAGAGGAUGUUUCUAGAAUUUAUUCAAAUUCUUCCAGAAGCUAUGAUACUGGAUCAAUAGAUGUCAAAUUAGAUCCCCUAAAUGAAGCUUUUCAGUUUAUUCCAGAAAUAAACGUCGUUUCAUUAUCUGACAAAUUCGGCUCUUCAGAAUUCGCCUCUGACAUUGAGAAUCUCAGAAAUCGUAUAAAAUCUUGGCCAUUAGUACUGAAUAAAAAUGCAUUAUUGGAGGACUUAAUUAAGAAGAAUAACACAAAUAGCUUUGAUGAAGGAUGUGUUUGCAGAGGGGUGGAAGACAAUAAAUAUAUAGUAGAUUCUGUAUUUUUGGAGACUAAUAACCAAUCUCUUGCUUGUGAGGAGAAAUCCUUUAACGAAGAAAGGUACUUACUAGAUUGCACUCCCCAACCAGAAUGGGGAGAUUGGGAUUCUUCUAAAAGUGCUGACCUCCAAGAGGCUGGUGAAGAUAUUUUAAAAAAGGUAGAUAAAUUGUUCGACACACCAUCUGCGAUUAUCACACAAAAAGCCUCAAAUAUUAAAGUGAAUAAUAACAGUGCUAACUCAAUUUGUGAUAAUAAUAUUAGCCAAAAUAUAAGUAAAAUAUCACGUGCGUCCCAAUGCAGCAUGGAGCAUUUUCAAAGUGGCGGUAAUUUAAGUCAAGAUAUCAGUAAAAUUUCGAAAUGUUCAAAUAAAAGUAACGCGGUUGAACUACUUAAAAAUUUGUCUGAUGUAAUAGAUGAACAUGAUAAGUUAUCAGUCUCUAAGAAGAAGGAGGCUCAUCACAUGUUACACUGUUUAGCAAAUUUGUUUAAAGAAAGCAAAAGUGAAGAGGAUCAUGCUGAAGACUCGGGUCAUUCCUCUGUAGACGAACAAGUAGAGAAUAAAGAAAACGAAGAUCCCAAUGUAUACGAAGCCUUGGAUCUUUCAUGUAAAAGUAAUAGCAGCAAAAAAAUUAUCAACAGUUUAUCUCAGUCUAGAUCUUCAUUAGUGAAUAAUCCCCCACCAUAUUCCUUUAAUAGUUCUAAUCAUGCAUUAAUACAGAACACAAGCACCAAAUCAAAUAACUCAAGAUCAUCAAAUAUUUCCGUUACCAGUCAAAAUAAUAGCAUUAAUUCAGGUAAAAACGAAAGUGGAGCGAGAUUUACUUCUAUUCGUCGUCAGAACUCUCUGACCCAAAGCAAAGUCAACUUCAACUCGAAUAAAUUGAAAAAGACUAGCAGUACUAGUAUGCUAAUGUCUAGACAACCUAUGAGGGCUGUACUUCCAGUGGAAAAAAUGACUAAAAAUGACAAAAGUUCUCCUAAGAGUGGUGCUGGUACACCUGAGAAGACUGCUGCAAACAGGUUUCCUUUGCAGUCGAAAAAGACUAGUACUCCGAUACAGGCACCAAAGCUUAAACCAGUAGCGGCCUCUACUCCUGCUUCACAUGGAACUUCAGGAACAAACACGCGACCCAAAUUAACCAGGUCCUUUUCAUAUCAAUCCAAACCAUCAACAGAUACAAAGUCAGUUACAAGUUCAACUUCAAAAUCUGAAACAGUGAAACCAGUUCGGAGAAAUUCCAUAGCUGAAAAUACCUCGUGCACCAAAAAAACCUCUGAUGGGAUUGAAGAAUCUCCAAAAAGACGUAGGACUUACUCGUCAGGAAAAGAACCAAAAAUAUUGUCUACACUAUCUAAAAUCCGGCAAAACAUUUUAAACUCGCCUUAUUAUACCAGAAAGAGCGCUGGCGGAGAGAAAAAACCCUUAGAACUGCCUACUGUAACUGAAAAGUCAGCAAGAGUUUCCACUAACAAAUCAUAAAAAUAUCUGUGGAUUUCAAUUAUCAGACAUGUCUACAUCAAUGCAUACUUUUUUUAUGAUAUUCUAAUCGGUAAGGAUAAAUUAUUCCUAAUUUAAAAAAUAAAACUAGAGAAGGAAUAAUGUUUGUUUGCGUUUUCACUUAAAAGCAAAAUAAUCCUAUAAUUUACAAACCUGUGAUAAUAAUGUACUUAAUAAGCUCUAAUCAUAGGAUUGUUUAUAAUAAGUUUAUUGUCCAUUAAAUUAACAUUCCAUAUGCCUAACAUUACAUGUGCUCACAAUAAUUUUAAAUCAACUCAAAAAAUGUUAUAAUGCUUUUCACAAAAAUAAAUGGAAUCUUUAUUCUCUAAUAAUGUAUAAAUAUGUGUGUAUAUAAAUGAUUUGAGUUGAAAAUAAAUACACUGAUUAGUUA